CGGCAAAGCUGUAUUUACGCCUUGCUGUUCUGAUCAGCAUCCUCUUUGAAGAUCACAACUUUGCUUUCAUCUCAUCAUUUCCACCCCACCCCCCAAAAGAAAAAAAGAAAAACGAUUAAAUGACAACAAUUUGUUCUUGGAAUCCUUGAUCGGGAUGACUCAACAAUCUGGUUCACAAAAGGCCAAAUUUUUCAUGGCUGUUUGCACGCAAGCCACCUUAUGCCAUCAAAUUCCACGUACCUCCCUCGACAUCCAAGAAGCUGCCACCUGCAUAGCCACCUCCGUAUCCGUUGCAAGUUGCAAGUUGCAUCCUCAUUAUAUAGGCGGAAGAUAAGCUCGUAAGGCUUCAUUCGGCGGUGCUAUCUUGAACGGGAUAAUCCAUCGAAGGACAAUGUUGUGGGUUUUCGGGAGUUCAGUCGGGAACGUGCCGCAGGAGCUGUCUCUUCCUCUAAAGGGGUUGCCGGAUUCAAAGACAGGAGAAGAGCUGGUGCGGGCUUUCCAGUCAUGGUACCCAGAUUCCAUCCUCUGCAGCCUCCCUAAGGGGAACUUCCUGGCUUUGCCACCGCAGGAUGAAUCUGCCUUGUAUCUGAGUUCUGAACGUGUUAGGUCGACUGUCGUUGUGGAUGAUGUCUACUGUGUUUUCAUGGGAGUGCUGGAGAACAUUCCUGAUCUGCGCCGGCACUAUGGCCUCUCAAGACAAGCCACAGGGGCCAUGAUUGUUGUUGAAGCUUACAAAGCCCUGAGAGACAGAGCACCUUACCCUCCUGACCAAGUGAUCAAAGACCUCGAAGGAAAAUUUGCCUUUAUUCUGUUUGAUGUUAGGGCAAAUACCCUUUUCCUUGCCAGGGAUCGCGAUGGAGGAGUGCCAUUCCAAUGGGGAAUGUCUGUAGAUGGGUCCUUGAUCUGUUCUGAUGACCCAAAAAUCACCGCUGAGGCUUGGGGAAACUGCCACAUGCCUUUCCCUGCAGGCUGUUUCUUCAUGAGUGGGAUUGGACUGAUGAGCUUUGAUCAUCCGCUCAACAAGGUGAAAGGAGUUCUGCAUGAAGACGACAAAGGAAACAUUUCUGCAGUCGUCUUUCAAGUCGACUUGUUGGCUAGACUCCGCAGUAUCCCGCGCACUGGCAGCGCUGCAAAUUGGGCCGGCGCCACCGCUGUGGAUGGAGAAUGAAGGUCUUUUAAGUUUUAGCACCUGGGUAAGGGAGAGAGGGCUAGAAUGAAUAUAUGGGCUCUUUUAUAUAUGGUAUUGUGUAGUAAUGUGUUCCUGAAAAAAUUGUGCAGUAUGGGUUGAAAGUUCUGUAAGUUCAUGAACCAAAAUGAUAAUAUGGUUGCGUUUAAUAGAGUGGCUCUUUUAUUGA